AUGCGACUGUUAUGCACUUACUUGAUCUUGGGCCAGAAGACAUCUAUGCGCGCUAUAGGUUGCUGCUUAGUCAUAAUUGCAGGAUUCUUGCUUGGUGUUGAUCAAGAGGAUGCAUCAGGCACUCUUUCUGUGGUUGGUGUUGUAUACGGAGUAUUAGCAUCUCUUUGCGUUGCACUGAACGCUAUUUAUACCCAAAGUACACUUCCUAUUGUUGGUGAUUCGAUUUGGAGAUUGACUAUGUACAACAAUCUCAAUGCAUUGGUUCUUUUUCUACCCCUGAUGCUCUUUUCCGGUGAACUAGGUGAAGUGAUGUUCUUCCCACGUCUUUUUAAUGUAACCUUCUGGAUGUGGAUGUCAUUAUCUGGAAUAUUUGGAUUUGCAAUGGGAUACGUUACUGGGUGGCAAAUACAGGCUACUUCGGCUUUAACACACAAUAUAUCAGGGACUGCAAAAGCGGCGGCUCAGACUGUAAUGGCAGUUAUAUAUUUUUCAGAAAUUAAGACAUUCAUGUGGUGGGUUAGUAAUGUAAUCGUUCUACUCGGCUCUGCUGCGUACACUUAUGUGAGGAAACAAGAAAUGGACAAGAAGGCUGUUAUCAUGAAAUCAGCUGACCGCAAACCUUUGAUGAGUACAAAAGUGGAAGACGACAGAGAUCUUGUGUGA